AUGCGAAAGGAUAAGAGCACAAAAUCUAAAACAUCCCAAUCGCCGGAGCCGGUGCUACCCUUUAUAACACCACCGGACAGGGAGAUCCAAGUGACUGUUAAGUGUUUCUGCAUGUCCGAGGAGAUGCUCAACUACGCUGCAGUGUCGGCCGAGGAGGCCUUAAAGAGGUUUUCUACCCGCAAAGACGUUGCAGCAUACAUGAAGAAGGAGUUCGACGAGAAGUACGGUCCUCUGUGGCACUGCGUAGUAGGGCGAGAUUUUGGCAGUUUUUCUUAUUUUAGUUACGUCACACAUCAAGAACACGGAUUCGUUGUCUUUCGAGUCGACGAUUGGGCUUUCCUCCUAUUCUCCACCCGACAUUAA